AUGUCUGAGAUUCUUGUGAUUACUUGCCCCAACGGCAGACAAUGCUCCCACCUUAUUCCUCUUCUAUACAACAAAUCUAAAUUCAAACUCCGCCUAGCAGCACACACCUCCAAGUCCGCCAAUAGUCUCCAACACAGCUACCCGGACGCAGAGAUAACAACAUGCGAUAUAACCUCCCUAGCCGACUGCCGCAAGCUUCUCGGCAACGCAACAGCAAUCUACCAUGUAGGCCCAUCUCUCCACUCCCGAGAAAUGGAAAUCGGGAUCAACAUGAUCGACGCAGCCGUUGCCGAGAGCCAGAAGCCAGAAGCCAACUUCAAGCACUUCGUAUACUCCAGCGUUCUAGGUACUCAGCAUCGAAACCUCAUGCAACAUGAUCACAAAUGUCGUGUUGAAGAGAGACUGCUGCUAAGUCCUCUGAACUUCACAAUCCUCCAACCGACCAAUUUCAUGGAUGUGUACCCGGCUGCCAGCCUAGCUCAGAUGGAAACGCCGUCCAUCGAGUAUAUCUGGAACAUUUACAAUCCCAAUGUUGCCAACAGUGUCAUCGCACUUAGGGAUCUGGCUGAGGCUGCAGCCCGGGUUCUGGACGAGCGGGAAGCACACUAUUUCGCUCAGUAUCCACUGUGCUCGACGUUCCCGGUAUCUGAUGUGGAUGUUGUAAAGAUCAUUAGCAAAUAUAUCGGUAAGGAGAUAUAUGUCCCCAUUCCCACUUUUGAAGAAGGCGUUAGCAAGGUCUUGAAGCUUCUGUAUGCCGGUGAGAGCGGCGUGUAUUCCGGGGAUCGGGUGAAUGCGGAUAUGAGAUGGCCAGCUGCGCUGGGAGAUGUACGUCCUGAUAUCACAAGAGACGAGGCCGAGAGGCUGAUUUUGUUCUAUAAUCGGCGUGGAUUGAAGGGAAACCCAAGUGUUCUGAGGUGGUUGAUUGGCAGGGAGCCUACGAGUGUCGAUCAAUGGGUGAAGAUUCAGUUAGAACUCUAG